UUUUGUAAUCAUUGACAAUAUUAUAUAGUUAUUGUUAUAUACAUGUUGUCUUUCAUAUGAAACACGCGUGUUGUCUUUGCGAUUUUUUAUAAUCGACCAUUCAUAAAAAAGGAUAAUAUAUAAUUCUGUGAAUAUCCGCUAAAUUAAAUACUGAAUCUAAUUCUUUCCUUGCGGCCGCUAAAUAUAGAAAGUAUUCAAUCAUAAUGAUGCGUGGAAUCAAGAUUACUUGCCUUAAUAGAUGUUAUCACAGAGAUCGAUCGUUGGCGUCCAUUCUUCAUCGUUUAUACGUAUCACAAGUGGAAACUUACAAAGGUUCAUAUCCACUAAUACAGAAGUGCAAUAUUACACAAAUUGCUUCAGAAAAUACUCAUGAUAACAAAUCAAAAAAACCGGCUUUGGAAAACAAACAUAACAAGAGCUCUGAAGACUUAGACCGUGCCUACAAUGUGCUGAAGAGGACACUGCCAAAACUGUUUGUCGAACCACUGGACUAUUCCAUUUAUAGUCCAAAUCUUAUAUUUCAAAAUAACAUAACUGGCAAAUAUACGGUAGGUUUGUACCACUAUGUUAAGCAAAUAGCGAUUCUCCGUACGGUUGGUCAUUUGAAGUACGCAUACGUUAAAUUUGAAAUACUUAAAAUUACUAAACACUCGGAGGACUACACAGUUCGCAUCAGAUGGCGAGUCAGAGGCAUAUCGGGCCUAAAAGUAAUGUUCCAAUUUUGGAAGUACAAAGUGUGGGAGCUGCAGGAAGUACUUAAAGAUCAGGAGGCCUGGUACGACGGAUACUCUAUCUGCUUUCUAGGCGAUGAUGGUUUAAUAAGCAAGCAUGUUGUUGACAAAAUAAUGCCGGACGAGAGUCGUGAAAUAGUUACCAACAAUUCUGGCUCAACGCUGCCAACAGGGACCGUGGCGGCAACGACAUCACAAAAAAUUAGUUUUCAUCCGUUCAGAUAUUUAUUGUAUCCAUUUUCUAAAUUUAACUAGAUUAUAGCACACAAAUAAAUUAAAAAAAAUAUUAUGUUUGCAUUAUAAAA